UAAUUUCAACUUUCUUGCAAAAAUUGCAAUAUAUAUAUAUAAAGUUUUUGUGAAAGUUAACUAUUAACAUGGCUAAAAAGGAAAAUAUUAAGAAAAGUGAAGAACAAGCAACGAACAUUAUAAGAAGUUAUAUGCUUCGACAAAACCGACCAUAUAGUGCUGGAGAUGUUUUUUUAAAUCUUCAUGGAGAAGUAGGAAAAACGCAGUGCGUUAAGAUUUUAGCUUCACUUGCAUCUUCUAAAGAAUUGGUUGAAAAGGAAUACGGAAAACAAAAAAUAUACUUUGCGUUUCAGGGAGAAUGCGCUUCCCAAGAAGAAGUUGAUGAAGUCAAUCUAAAUUUUGAUAAAAUUCGCGAAGAACAUAAUAAUCUUGAAUCGGAGUUGAAAACUCUUACUGUUGAGCUAAACAAUAUCAACGAUAUAAAAAGCACAGAAGAGCUUUCAGCUUACUGUGAAGAACUCACUAAACAAGUUGAAGAUCUUGAAUCUUCGUUGGAACCUUUAAGAAAAAAGAAAUUUACUAUUAGCGAGGAAGAAAGAAGUCUCGUAGAAAAAGCUCUUUUCACUUAUACAGCUGAAUGGAAAUCGAGAAAAAGAAAGUGCAACGAUAUUAUUAACACUAUUAUGGAAAACUAUCCUAAAAAGAAAUCUGAUCUUCUAGAAGAAACUGGCGUUGAAACUGACGAACUUGCUGGAGUUGAUAUAGCUAAUGGCGCUUAAUUUAUUUUUUUUACUAU